CGCCCAGCUCUCGAGCCGACCGAGCUCUCUAAAUUUCCCAAUUAUGUGCACUUUUUAUCGCUUUUUUUCCAACCGCAUGGUGCACUUCUUCAUCAUCGCACGUGCGUAUUUGAAGCGUCAAAUUGGCGCACCCUUUAAUAGCUUCACUUCUAGUAUUCUUCUUGCUUGCUUACCCUUCUCGAAGAACAAAUAACUUCAUAGGACAAAGUAGGCCAAUACCCUUUUUGGAAUUCAUUUAAAACAGAUAAUCGAACAAAACAUUCAGUAAGGUCUUCUCGGCAAUCCAUUUAUAAAUAUGCCGUCGUCAGGUCGCCGUUCGGAAGAGCUUCAGAAAAAGCUCCAGACGAGAAGCAAUUUCCUUAAAGCUUCAGAUUUUACGAAGGAACAUACUUUGCUGAAUCAUGAGAGCAAACCCAAAGAUCCUGUAGAGAAAAGCAAAGCCGCCCUCUCUGAUUUGAGGAAACGCAUUAAUGAACGAAAGAARAUGUCGAUGAUAAAUAACCAGCAGCAUCGCGAGGGAAGAGAGGAAAGCACUCCAGAAAUGACUGCUAUAGGGGGAAAWGAUUCUCCUGCCUUAGAGCGAGAAGACCAUUUUGCCAASGACGAUGCUUUGGCGCAGACUAUUAUGAGAUCGACUCAAAAACAGAAACCCCCUUCAAUCCUGAGAAAUUCCCCGAAAAAAAAUCUGAGAAAUCAUUAUGCAGAUCCUUGUCGCUAUCGUAGAGAUAUGAUUGGAGAAGAUGAAAGGAGGGCACCCCCAUCACAGAUCGAAGUUGGAGCUGAAGAUGAUGAUCGCACCGAAGUCUCGGAGAUCACUACUGACAUUCGCAUCAUGUCUACAAAGGGAGCUGCAUACGCUGAACGUAGGUUGGCAGGAAAACUUCAAAUGAGACUAUCAAAACCGUCUUUAUCAGGACCUCCAGGACGCUAUUUAGAGACAGACAUGAAUAUUAAUGUCAGCAAUCUCAGGCAUUUGGGCAAAGCUGUGGAGAAGGCAAAAAUGGAUCUGAAACAAGAAAUGAUACCUACUGAAACCCGGCGCCAUGGACUUCCUUAUGAAGAUACGGACUAUCGAGCUUCAAUUGAUGAGGACGAAGAAGGAGAUUCCUGGGAAGAUGCUAUUCAGGUUAAAAGGCAAGAUCGAAGAUACAUGGCAGAAUUGAAUACCAGGAAAAACCCUCCUAAACCGGAGAUAGGAAGUGAAAAUCAAAUGAUCAUGAGGACGUCCCCCACUAAAAAGUUGCAGCACCUUACGAAAGAGGCAUUUUCYCAUGAAGGAGAUGUCUUCAUUGAUGCUACAGAGAUCAGGGAGGAAGAUCUUGAUGWUGCACCAAAUGYUCUGAUCGAUGAGGCGCAUGAUCUAAGAAAAGAAGGUGGCAAUCACGAAGCUCCGAUCAAUGUUGAAACUGCAGCAUUUAAUGCACCUAUAGACGUUGAAGAUGAGGAAUUUUUCGUUGGCGUACAAGAGGAGAAGUCUGAUAUACCUAGCAAUUUGAAGAAGGAGUCCGUUCAACAAUUUCAGGAAAAAGAGGAUGGUGAAUCGGGACUAUCUACUACAAGUGAUAAAGACAAAGUUGUAGAGGAGAACUGCGUUGGAUCUGAKAAGGCAAGUGGCCCUACGUCGAUGGCUUCAGACUUUUACAAUUCUUCCGUUGGGCUUUUCAAAUCAUUCAGCAAUCAGGUCGCUAGUCAAAUAGAAGCUAUCCAAGAACGAGGACUUAUUUCAAAGAGUGAUAUGGAUCGCAUGCUUGGAGUCUUGCAGCACGACGUAAAKGAGACAAGUACAAAGCUUCCCGAAGAUAACGAUGAUAUGGUCAUCAUGUUUGGUGAUGAGCUUGAAGUCGCAGCAUGCGGUACUGGCUUGAAGGCCGUCGAAGACGACAACGAAAACAAGACCAACGAGUCAAACCUUUGUCAGGUUGAAAAGGUUGAGGCCGCAGACGAGAACAAAGACGAACACGUUGGGGUCGCAGACGAGAAUGGAGACAGAGCAGAUGAGUCUGAUUCUGCUCCAGUAGAAAAGAUGCUGGAAUCUUUGAAGCAAUCGUACAAUUCUGGAAUAUCCAAAUGCGGGGUACAUGGAGAUUUAAUUAAAGAAAAUAAGAAGGCCAUUGAAGAGAUCGUAGCCACUUUGAAGAAAGCCCCGGGUUGCGGUUUGGGUGAUAACCCGAAAGAUGGCUCAGAACAAGUAAGUUCGAAAGCACCAUCUGAAUCUCCUCAAGAAGGUAAAAUUGACGAGAGUCAAUUGAAAGAAUUGUCAGCGCAAGGCCUAGAGGAAAUGCUGAAGACUCCAAUUCCAUUGACGUCAUCGAAAUGAGGAAAGACCUUCAUGUAGCCAUUGCUACACAAAGGAAUCCAAAUGGUGUUGUUCAAAAUACUGCAUGAAAAGGGUCGUCAAACGAAGUGCUAUACUAGCCACACAGCUCUAACUAGCUGCCUACAUGAAUGAAAAGCUACGUSUUUUUUUGCUUGUGCUUUWCUCURGUGGUGUUUUAUAUACUCUUUGUGCUUGAAUUAAUAUUUAGUAUUAUU